CCUGACGGAGCUGUAGGUGUCCCUCUCAUUGCAGGGGGUUGGACUAGAUGGCCUUUCGGGUCCCUUUCAACAUCUCUCCCCAUCUCUCCUGUAGGGAGAACCCUUUAGGCACUGUUAAGACCACACUGAAGUCUCACCAGCACCUUCUCUCAUUCAGGCUGAGCACCCCCAGCCUGUCUCCAUAGCAGAGGCACUCCAUCUCUGCACGUUCUCAUGCUCUCCUCUGGAUCCUCUCCAACGUCUCCAGCUCCUUGUGGCGCUGUGGGCCCAGGAGGAAACACUUCCGUGCACCCUACACGAGAGCCCCGACCCUCCAUCCUCAGUGACAAACCGCCGCACAGAUGCGUUGCCGCACAGAUGCGUUGCCGCGCCGCGCUCUGUCAUGCAUUGUGGGUGCUGUAGUUCGCGGCUCGCCGCACUACAAGUCCCAGCCUCCCGAAGGAGGAGGAGGAGGACGGCGAGGAGGAGGUGGAGGAGGAGUGGAAGCGAGCCGGCACGGCCCAGGCCUGCAGCCCGCACGGGAGAGCCCCCCGGGGGCGGGCCGCGGCGGCAUGCGGCUCCCCGUCCGGCUCGGCCCGCUCCGCAGCACGCCCCUGGCUGCCCGGCCGCCGGGGAGGGGCAGGGCCAGGGCCAGGGCCGGCGGGCGGAGAGCCUUCAGCCGCGGGCGGCCCGGCGGCACCAUGGCUGAGGAGGCCAAGAGGCUGGCAGCCUGCGCGGCGGUGGACAAGCACGUCCAGAACAACCAAGUUCUUGGCAUCGGGAGUGGUUCUACAAUUGUCCAUGCAGUGCAUCGAUUAGCUGAGCGGGUUAAACAAGAGAACCUGACAAUUGUCUGCAUCCCUACGUCUUUCCAGGCCCGUCAGCUGAUCCUGCAGAACGGCUUAACACUAAGUGACCUGGACCGACAUCCAGAGCUUGAUGUUGCCAUUGAUGGAGCGGAUGAGGUGGACUCUGAUCUUAACCUGAUCAAAGGAGGCGGUGGUUGCUUGACGCAGGAGAAGAUAGUUGCAGGAUAUGCAAAAUGCUUCAUUGUUAUUGCUGAUUACAGGAAAAAAUCAGAGAGCCUCGGGGAGCAAUGGAAGAAGGGAAUCCCUAUUGAAGUCAUCCCUAUGGCUUACGUCCCUGUCACCAGAGCCCUGACCAAAAACUUUGGAGGUGCUGCAGAGCUGCGGAUGGCUGUUAGCAAAGCAGGUCCCGUGGUGACAGACAAUGGGAACUUCAUCCUGGACUGGAAGUUUGACAAGGUUCAUGAGUGGAGCGAAGUGAACACUGCCAUAAAAAUGAUACCAGGCGUGGUGGAGACGGGGCUGUUCAUCGACAUGGCGGAGGUGGUGUACUUUGGCAUGGAGGACGGCUCGGUCAGCGUGCGGGAGAAGCAGCCUCGCUGAUGGUGGCAGUUCUGCCUGCUCUGCUUUGCCUUCGGCCAGUUUGAUUCAGCUGUCGUAACGGUGCCAACCUGACGUUAUGCCUUAACGAGCAGCGGUUAUCACAGAAGGUGGACGGGGAGUUGAUCUGAAUCCGCUGAUAUGAUACUGAAUGUCUUUUUAAAAAAACAAACAAAACAAAACAAAAAAAAAAAGAUGCUCUAUUUCCAGAUAUAUAUAUAUAUUUUUACUUUACAAGAAUGUUGUCCUUUUUUUAAAGAAUCAGUUAAACGAAUUGCUUUAACGUUUUUAUUUUAUUUUCUAAGAGAUAUUUACCAAAAAAAAAAGAAUACUUUUUGAAUUCUUUUGUUGGUUUUUGUUUUUCCUUUUUUUGAACUAAACUUGAACUUUCCGGGUCACUCUUAGUGCUCAGUGAUUGAUGUUACUAUCCUAAUAAAUCAUCCUUAACCACUCUGGCUGGGAGGAUGAUGUACAUAAUAGGAGCACAUCCAGUUGGGACCUACUGAUGCCUUAUUUGGAACCUUUUUGGUUCGGUAUUUUAUGCCUUUUAUUUUUCUAUACCACUGUUUUUUAAUAGUUCAGGAUGUCUAGUUAAUCCUCUGUGCAUAUGACAAAUCUCUGAGCCUAGGGACAUUGCAUCCCUGUGUCUGGGACAUUAAUAGGGGCCUUUUUGGGGCCUCUGUAUGGAAGAGACGUUCAUCCUUUGAGCCAAAUUCUGUUCUACAACUGCAUUAAUCUAGUACCUCUGAUUAAAGUCUGUUCCAGUAGCUGGAGAUAUUCAGGAUUUCAUCCUUGUAUAAUGAGAGCAGAACUGGGCACUUGAUGAAGUUUACAAAAGCACAUUUUAGCAUUUUAGGGCAGUGUUCAGUGACAAAUUAUUUAGUUUAGAAUGAAGGUUAAUGAUCACCUCUCGCAGCUGGUUGAUUUGUAGAAGGAUAGAGUGGAAUGCAAGGAAAACUGAGUCUUCCUGCCUAAGUUUACCAUAUGUAGCAGGAGAGAGACACUCAUUCAACAUAUUGUUCUCUGUGUAUAGGUGCUUUGCAUGAUUAUGGUGUCAAAAUGCAAGCCCUCUUUUUGUGUAACACUGAAAUAAAGAGCUGUUAUAACAGAUGUUCAUCUUAAGGUGACUAUUUUGGGAACAACACAAAAUACUUGUUGAGACUAACUUGUGCUCUGAUUCCAUUAAAAGCUUCUGUCUGCAUUUUCCCCUUACAUGGGCACUUCAUCCAGACC